AUGCUAGUUAAGAGUCUCACCACUGACGAUCAUGUCACGAACCUCGCAAUCCUUUUCACCAUCAUACUACUCAAUGGUAUGCGGCUAAACCCGCAGAAGUGCAUCUUCGGGGUCGAAAUAAGGAAAUUCCUAGGCUAUAUCAUCAGCCACAGGGGUAUCGAGGUAAACCCUGAGAAGGUACAGGCGAUUCUGGACAUGACAUCCCCCAUACUCCGCAACGAGGUACAGUCCCUUACCGAUAGAAUCGGUGCCCUUUCACGAUUUGUAUCAAGACUCACAGACAAGUGUGCACCUUUCUUCAAAUUGCUGAAGACACAACACAUCGAGUACAUCACCUGGACUGCAGAUCAUGAGGCGGCAUUCUUAGGUAUCAAGGCCUACUUGGCCGUGGUACCAUUGUUAUCAAAAUCCAUUCCCGGUGAAAUGUUGUACAUCUACUUAGCUGCAUCGGCGACGGCCGUCAGUUCAACACUCAUCAGACGGGAUCCCGACUGCGAGUACCCGGUGUACUAUACAGGCAAGGGUUACAACGGUGCCGAAUCACGGUACCUGGACAUAGAGAAGGUACGUCAGAAGCCAGAGACCUCUGGCAGGCUUAUUAAAUGGGCCCUCGAAUUGGGAGAAUUCGAUAUUCAUUACAAACCCCAGACAACCAUUAGGGGCCAGGCAGCGACGAACUUCAUUUUGGAGCUGAUCCCCACCCGAGAUGCUCCAGCUCAGAUCGAGAACCCAUCGGCCCUAAGCCCUCAACCACCGAGCACUUGGCAGCUCUAUGUUGAUGGAGCAUCAAACAAGAAGACGAGUGGGGCGGGUAUCUUGCUCAUCAGCCCUGACAACCAAAUCUACGAGUACGCCUUGAAAUUUGCUUUCAAGGCAUCCAACAAUGUAGCUGAGUAUGAGGCACUCAUUGGGGGGAGGGGGCUGCAGCUGGCCCGAGAGAUACCUAGAGCAAAUAAUAACAAGGCAGAUGCCCUCGCCAAGCUAGCGACAACUUCUCCAAGUACUGCCUACGGGGCCACGAAGAUGGAGUUACAGGAAAAACCAAGUACUUCAAAAACGGGGUCAGAAAUAUUCCCCGUCAACACCACUGCCUCAUGGAUGGACCCAGUACUAAAGUACAUGGUCGAUGGCCUCACCUCGGAAGAUAAGGUUGAGGAUAGAAGGUUACAACUCAGGUCAGCUCGAUACACAAUUUUGAACGGCAAACUAUACAAUCGGGGCCACAGCUUUCCUAACCUCAAGUGCGUCACAGAGGAUGAAGGCUACGUGAUCCUCAAAGAUAUUCACGGUGGUGUUUGA